AUGCCGUUAGUCGAGGAGGGGGCGAGCUAUCCACGCGAGAUCAGCCCUCCUUUUGGACUUCCAGCUGGUUGGAAAGCUGUAGAGCGCGCCUACGGCGCGAGCAGUAAAAGCAGCGGCCAGACCUACAUCCGCUUUAACAGUCCAGAUGGCAAGCACAAACACGUCGGUUCAGUGCCAAAAGCUGUCGAGUUGGAAGCUAUCGACAAAGGCCAGGAUACACAAAAAGCGCUGGCUGCCUACAAAGAUGCACUGCAGGAGGUUCAGAGAAAGGAGAAGGAAGAGCGGGAAAAGAUAACAGGCAUGGGCCCAGAAAGAGAGCAGGCAGUGGAAAAAUUCCGAUCGAAGUAUGGAAAGCUGGAAGCGACAGCUCUUGUGAAGAUGAAGGGCUGGACACACAAGGCUAGCUUCCUAGAAGUAUCGGAGCAGACGCAUGUCAUCUACAUCAGUCCUGAAGGAAGGAGCUUUGGCACCAUAAAGCAGGUCGAGGCAAUGCUUGGCUUUCGACUCAUGGCUGGCGAGGACCUGGGCAGCUUGGUGCAAGAUGCUCGACAAGCAGCUACGGAUGAGUGGGGAGAUAUGUCUGACAAAGUUAACCCCUUGAGGCGCACCUCAGACGGAACGACUCUGAAGGAAGCAGUUGACUCUGGAGAGUUUACCGCACAUGAGCUCAAGAACACGCAUGUCCACAAGGUGUCAGGAAAGGAAGCCGAGACCCAGAAGCGAAGGGUGCAGGAGGAAGACUAUGAGCCCGCCGAGUACCUUUUGGGGGAAGUGCCAAAGCCUCUUUUAGAUGAUGAGGGCAAGUUAAGCACUGAAUUCUCCAAGGCAAAGCUGCUGAAUGCAGCCCCACUUGCUGCGGACUGCUGUAAGAUGUACAAGGACAUGAAGCGCCGAAAAUUCAAGAAGCUCCACCUGGUGGUUGUAUCCAGCCGCAAGCCAAUAGAUCACCCCCUGUCCAAAGCGCUGUCUGGGGUGUAUUAUGCGGACUCGAAGCGUAUUGAUGCUUUUGGUGGAAAGACCUUUUACACGAAGGUGGCCUUCUCAAAGUCAAGAUUGAUUGUGUGUGGCCUCUACCUUUUCUGGAGCAAAACCAAACAAGCAUGGCAAGUGUCCAAAGAGCUUGAUGACAACAAUGCGGGGUUCCUUGUGCAUAAGGGGGACCUCAAACUGGGUCCGCGAGCCUCGCCGAAGGCACGUACGCUAACCAGGCAGUGCAUCGAUCGACUCCGAGAGGCGCGGAAACGUAAGAGACCGCAUCCUGACAGGGAAUGA